AUGACCGUCCCCGUCGCCGAGCACCCUAUCGAGACCCCUCCGCGGGCGCCCUCGCCCGUCCACAACUUCGGCACCCUCGCCGUCCACGCCGGCUCCCCCCACGACCCCGUCACCGGCGCCGUCAUCGAGCCAAUCUCCCUCUCCACGACCUUCGCCCAGACCAGCGUCGGCAAGCCCGUCGGCGUCUACGAGUACUCGCGCUCCAGCAACCCCAACCGCGACAACUUUGAGCAGGCCGUCGCCGCCCUCGAGCACGCGAAAUACGCCCUCGCCUUCUCCUCCGGCUCCGCCACCACCGCCGUCGUCCUCCAGUCCCUCGCCGCCGGCUCCCACGUCAUCUCCGUCUCGGACGUCUACGGCGGCACCCACCGCUACUUCACCCAGGUCGCCAAGGCCCACGGCGUCAAGGUCACCUUCACGCCCGAGAUCGAGGUCGACAUCUCGGCCCACAUCACCCCGGCCACCAAGCUCGUCUGGAUCGAGAGCCCCUCCAACCCGACCCUCCGCCUCGUCGACGUCCGCGCCGUCGUCACCCAGGCCCACCAGCACGGCAUCAUGGUCGUCGUCGACAACACCUUCCUCUCCCCCUACGUCCAGAACCCCCUCGACCUCGGCGCCGACAUCGUCGUCCACUCCGUCACAAAGUACAUCAACGGCCACUCGGACGUCGUCAUGGGCGUCGCCGCCUUCAACUCGCCCGACCUCAAGCAGCGCCUCGGCUUCCUCCAAAACGCAAUCGGCGCCGUCCCCUCCGCCUUUGACUGCUGGCUCGCCCACCGCGGCCUCAAGACCCUCCACCUCCGCGCCCGCGAGGCCUCCACCAACGCCACCGCCGUCGCCACCGCCCUCGAGGCCUCGGACAACGUCAUCGCCGUGAACUACCCCGGCCUCGACUCCCACCCGCACCGCGCCAUCGCCAAGAAGCAGCACCGCAACGGCAUGGGCGGCGGCAUGCUCUCCUUCCGCAUCAAGGGCGGCCACGCCGCCGCCGAGCGCUUCUGCCAGCUCACCCGCAUCUUCACCCUCGCCGAGUCCCUCGGCGGCGUGGAGUCCCUCGUCGAGGUGCCCAGCAGCAUGACCCACGCCGGCAUCCCCAAGGACCAGCGCGAGGCCGUCGGCGUCUUUGACGACCUCGUCCGCAUCAGCUGCGGUGUCGAGGACGCCGAGGACCUGCGCCGCGAUGUACUGCAGGCCCUCGACAAGGCCGUUGCCGAGCCGAAGAACGGCUCCAACGGCGUCAACGGUCACUAG